AUGGCUUUUCCCCCGGUUGUUUUGCUGCGGCUGCUUCAUCGGCUCCCCUUACUGCUGGUGUUGUGUUUAUGCGCAGCAACGACGCCGGUAAUAUCAUCAUUAACCAAGUCAGUGCAGGCAAAGCCCGGCUGCCCAGACAAAUGUGGGAACAUCACCGUUCCCUACCCGUUUGGCUUUGGAAACCAAAAUUGCUACAGAGAAGGCUUCCGACUAUCCUGCGACCAAACUUCCAAACCUCCCAAAUUGAUUCUGCUUCCUACUGUGGAUCCGGAAACAGGCCGAAACUACGACUUUGGGUCUAAUGGAUAUUUGGAAGUUACAGACAUAUCAUUAGAAGGUCAAUUGCACGUCCAUUCCUUCAUGCAAUAUCUUUGCUACCAAAAUUCCUCUGCUUCGCGUGAUAGCCCUGAGUUGGCCAGAAAUUCCUCUGCUUCGUGUUAUUAUAGGCCUUUUAUGAGCAGAAAUUCCUCUACUGUGUGUUAUAAGCCUGGGCUGGCCCCUUUUCGUGGGCAGGCCAGAAUCAAACAAGAUUGGACGAAUACCCCCUAUACCUAUUCCGACAGCAGCAACGUAUUCACGUCCGUCGGUUGCAGCGCUCAUGCUUACAUUGAUGUCUCCUCUAAUGUAAGUUCCCAGUAUCAGCACCAGCAGUAUACAUCCUUUCAGUACGGUUGUUCCAAUAACUGCAGCAGCAGCAGUGCCAAUAAUGCAGGAAAGGGCUAUUGCCAGGCCCCCAUCCCCAAGGGGGCAAAGAAUCUUGUUUGGCAUUUGGAUUUCGUAGAUAAUUCAUCUAUGUCUCUCAAUCCAUGCAUUUAUUCUUUCAUCUCUGUUGCGAAGUGGUACACCUCGGUAUCUCAUCUCUCGGGCCGUGAUGAUUUCUAUGCAAGAAAUGACAAAAUGAUUCCAGUCGUGCUCGACUGGUCAAUAGAGAAUGAAGCCUGCGAGAACGUUACAAUGAGAAACGCGACUACUUAUGCAUGUGGCAACAACAGCAGCUGCUACACAUCCCUUAACGGUUGGGGAUAUCUUUGCAAAUGUUUGGAAGGUUACCAAGGCAACCCCUAUCUCCAAGAUGGAUGCCAGGAUAUAAAUGAAUGCUUGAAUUCAACUAUGAACGAGUGCUCAUCACCAGGAAUUUGCGUCAAUACACCUGGGAGUUACUACUGCUCUUGCCCAUCUGGUACUGAGGGAGACGGAAGGCGCGGCUGCAUUCCCAUCCAUCUUGCUCCACCACCUUCACAGGCCAAACUUCGGGUGUUUCAAAUCCCAUUAGGUGUUUCCGUUGGCAUCUUAUUUGUACUAUUUGUCWGCUCUUUGCUAUAUUGGAGAAUAAAAAAUAGAAGGAAGAACAUAUGCAAGGAAAAAUACUUUCAACAAAAUGGAGGGCUCCUACUGAGACAACAACUUUCUUCAUAUGAUGUAAGUGUGGACAUUGCAAAGAUAUUUACGGAAGAAGAGCUCAAAAGGGCAACUAAUAAUUAUGAUGAGAAUCGGAUCCUAGGUCGUGGUGGCUAUGGUACAGUAUAUAAAGGAAUUUUUCCUAAUAAUAAGAUAGUUGCCAUUAAGAAGUCCAAAAUAGUUGAUGAAAGCCAAGUUGAACAAUUCAUCAAUGAGGUGGUUAUUCUUUCCCAAAUUAACCAUAGAAAUGUAGUGAAAUUUUUAGGUUGUUGCUUAGAGUCUGAAGUUCCAAUGUUAGUAUAUGAAUUCAUUACUAAUGGGACUUUGUUCCAUCAUAUUCAUGAUGAGGGACAGAGAUCUUCACUUUCAUGGGACAACCGUCUAAGGAUAGCUGCAGAAACUGCAUCAGCACUUGCAUAUAUGCAUUCUGCAGCCUCUCCCCCAAUCUUUCACAGAGAUAUUAAAUCUGCCAAUAUUCUUUUGGAUGAUAAUUAUACAGCAAAGGUGUCAGAUUUUGGAGCUUCAAGAUUAGUUCCAUUAGACCAAACUCARUUUACUACAUUAGUACAGGGCACAAUGGGGUACUUGGACCCAGAAUAUUUUCACACAAGUCGAUUGACAGAAAAGAGUGAUGUUUAUAGUUUUGGCAUAGUUCUUGCAGAACUAUUAACUGGUAGAAAAGCACUUGAAUUUGAUAGACCUGAAAAAGAGAAAAGCUURGCUCUCCACUUUAUUAGUUCCAUGAAAGAAGAAAAUAUUUUGGAUAUUUUGGAGGAUAGAGUGCUYUAUGAAGCUAAUGAGGAUCAACUUCAUGAAGUCGCUAAACUUGUAGAGAGGUGUCUAAGAGUGAAGGGAGAAGAAAGACCCACAAUGAAGGAAGUAGCGAUGGAACUGGAGGGGUUGCGUAGGUCUAACAAACAUCUUUGUGAUGAACCUCAUGAAGAAGUAGAAUGCUUGCUUGGGGAUCCACCAAAUUCUCAAAACUUCAAUACUACUGAAUAUGAUAGUUUGGGAAAUCAAGUUGUAAUAUCAUUAGAUUGUGGGCGAUGACUAUAUAUAAAGAAGUCUUUGGA